UCCGGUUGUAUAAAUCUUGCCACGAGUUAGCGGCGAAUUUGGAGUGUCCAUUUUGAGCGGUGAGUCGGCGUCUCCGGUUUAGUCAACUAAAUUUCUUGAAGAGACCACAGUCACAAUGGCAGACGCUGAGAAUCUGCUCAUGGAGACGUUGGAGCAGAAUGGCAAUGAAGGAGAGGAGGACCAGAACGGAGCAGAGCAGGAAUUCAUGGGUGGGGAUGAAAGCCAGGAUACAGAUGGAGGAAAGAUCAACUCCAGUAAAGGAGAGGAAGAUGCUGGUAAGAUGUUUGUUGGUGGCCUCAGUUGGGACACGAGUAAAAAGGACCUGAAGGAUUACUUCAGCAAGUUUGGCGAGGUGUCAGACUGCAUCAUCAAGAUGGACUCUAACACUGGCCGGUCCAGAGGCUUUGGCUUUGUUCUCUUUAAAGACCCCUCCAGCGUGGACAAGGUGCUGGAGCAGAAGGAACACAGACUUGAUGGACGUCAGAUUGACCCUAAGAGGGCGAUGGCCAUGAAGAAGGAACCUGUAAAGAAGAUCUUCGUUGGGGGUUUGAAUCCCGAGGCAACUGAGGAAGCAAUCAGGGAAUAUUUCGGCACCUUUGGAGAGAUUGAAACCAUCGAGCUGCCCAUUGACCCCAAAUCAAAGAAAAGGAGGGGUUUUAUUUUCAUCACAUACAAAGAGGAAGCCAGUGUUAAGAAGUGUCUGGAGAAGAAAUACCACAACAUCGAGGGAGGCAGGUGUGAGCUGAAGAUCGCUCAGCCUAAAGAGGUGUAUCAGCAGCAACAGUACGGAACAGGACGUGGAGGUGGCUACGGAGGCCGAGGAGGAAGGGGCCGGGGAGGUCAGAGCCAGGGCUGGAACCAGGGCUAUGGAAACUACUGGAACCAGGGCUAUGGUAACCAAGGUUAUGGCUAUGGUGGAUACAGCGGUUAUGGCAACUAUGACUACUCUUCUGGUUACUACGGAUACGGCACUGGUUAUGAUUACAGUACCACAGACCAGGGCAGCGCCAACUAUGGAAAAACACCAAGACGGGGAGCACACCAGACCAGCUACAAGCCUUACUGAUGAUCACUGGGUAGUGGAAGGACUCCGAUGACUUGGUGAGACGGACAGCUGGACGGACACACUGGGCCUCACCCGACAUCUUUUGACAGAAGACCAUUUGUACAGACAACAUCUGAAAUAUAAAUUUUCCAUGUCCCCCCCCCCCCCCCCCCCCUUUUUUUUUUUUUUUUUAAAGCCCUAUAAUUUUUAGGUUUUAUUUUCCCCUUCGUGUCUUUUUUUUUUUCCUGUUUUCUCUCCCCUCCACAUUUCCACCGGAAGUGUAAUUUUUACUGUACUUUUUGGUACCUGUUUUGAUUCUAAUGUAUUGUAAGGGUUGUAUUUUACAUGUGUGCUGGCUUUACAGGUUGAAAAUCGUGGUGCUGUAAAGGAGCUUUUUUUGAUGAAUAAAAACAGUUUUGAGUAAUUUGUUCUGAUGCUUCUGGGAUGGAAGGUGAAACAUCUGACUGGGAUAGGACCUACAAGCUUCUGUUGGAACAUCUGAAAACCUCAUUUUCAUUUAGGUUGACUUCUGACGGCAUCACAUGUCUGGAAGAUUAUUUAAGUUCCGCUUUUUGUUUCCUUUUUGUGUCCUUGCUUUUUCUUCGUUCGUAGAAUUUAAUCCUGCUGCUGCAGUCUCCUCAGCCAGUGUUUCUUAAUAAACUUAACAUUUUAAGAA